AUUAGCAAAUGACUGUUCCUUUCACACCGGACAUGAAUUUCUGUCUUUGACUCAAAACGAACGAAAGAGGAACAUAUCACUUUCCCCUCUCCUCCUCUACUUCUUCUUCACCGGCGUUCAUGGACGGUGGCACGGGUCAACCACCUGCUGAUCAUGAUACCGAGAUGCUGGAAUCUACAGGCUCUUCUGCGGCUCCAUUAAUAUCUCAAGUGGCGGCGGGGAUAGAGAAUAUUCCGGCGACUCUUAGCCACGGAGGGAGGUUUAUACAGUUUAGCAUACUAGGGAACGUCUUCGAGGUCACCUCUAAGUAUAAGCCUCCCAUCAUGCCUAUUGGCAAGGGUGGUUACGGCAUCGUUUGCUCUGCUAUGAACUCUGAAAGCAAUGAAAGCGUUGCCAUUAAGAAAAUCGCAAACGCUUUCGACAACAAGAUUGGUGCUAAGAGGACUCUCCGUGAGAUCAAGCUGCUUCGUCACAUGGAUCACGAAAAUAUUGUUGCAAUCAGAGACAUAAUACCACCACCCCUAAGAAAUGCUUUCAAUGAUGUUUACAUCGCUUAUGAGCUCAUGGACACCGAUCUCCACAAAAUCAUACGAUCAAAUCAAGCAUUAUCCGAAGAACAUUGUCAGUAUUUUCUUUACCAGAUCCUCCGUGGUUUGAAGUACAUUCAUUCCGCAAACGUGCUUCACCGUGAUUUGAAACCGAGCAAUCUCCUCCUGAACGCAAAAUGCGACUUAAAGAUAUGCGAUUUCGGUGGAGCUAGAGUCACUUCCGAGAGCGACUUCAUGACCGAGUACGUAGUCACGAGAUGGUACCGUGCACCGGAGCUCCUCUUAAACUCUUCUGAUUAUACUGCGGCCAUCGAUGUUUGGUCUGUCGGUUGUAUUUUCAUGGAGUUAAUGGGCCGUAAACCGCUCUUCCCUGGUCGAGAUCAUGUUCAUCAGCUUCGCUUGCUCAUGGAGCUCAUAGGAACUCCAUCAGAAGAAGAGAUUGAGUUCUUGAACGAAAAUGCAAAGCGGUACAUAAGACAACUCCCACGUUAUCCUCGCCAGUCCAUUACAGAUAAGUUCCCAACGGUGCAUAAUCCUUUAGCGAUUGAUCUUGUCGAGAAGAUGUUGACGUUUGAUCCUAGACGGAGAAUCACAGCUUUAGACGCGCUGGAACAUCCAUACCUGAACACGUUGCACGACGUUAGCGAUGAGCCAGAGUGCCCAGUACCUUUCGGCUUCGGUUUUGAGCAGUACACUCUCUCAGAGGAGCAGAUGAAGGAGCUUAUCUACCGCGAGGCGCUUGCUUUCAAUCCAGAGUAUCAGCAAUAAUAGUUUGAAGAGGGAGGAAUGAGAAUCGGUUUGAUGUUGUUGACAAGAUUCUUAAAAAGAAGAAACAUCAUUUUUUUGUCUUAUGUGUUAUAACUUGUGACUUGUGAGAGAUGCUUGCUUGUAUGGGAUUGUGUGGGGGCUGAAACUAUUACUUUUUUAAAAGUCUUUUGUGUAUAUUUGUGAGAGAUGCUUGUAUGGGAUUUGCCAUCAUUGUUC